UUUCCACGAACAGAAAGAGAAUGGAUCAAUAUAGCGAAACUUUUUGAAGAAAAAUGGAAUUUCCCGCAUUGCCUUGGAGCAAUGGAUGGAAAGCAUAUCAACAUUUUUCCUCCAAGUAAAAGUGGAUCAAAAUUUUAUAAUUACAAAGGAAAACACAGCAUGGUUUUACUGGCUAUUGUGGAUGCGAAAUAUCAAUUCAUCAUGUGUGAUUUUGGUACCAAUGGUAGAGUUUCAGACGGAGGUGUUCUAAAAAACACCAAGUUUUUUGAAAAACUUGAAAACAAUAAGUUAAACAUUCCUGUUGAAAGUAAAGUCAGAAACAGUAGUAGAAGUAUGCCCUAUGUAUUUGUAGUUGACGACGCCUUUCCUUUAAGGGUAGACAUGAUGAAACCGUUCGGACAAGCCGAUCUUAUUUCCCAAGAUAGGAAAAUAUAUAAUUAUCGCGUAUCACGAGCAAGACGCAUUGUUGAGAAUGCGUUUGGUAUUUUGGCAUCAAGAUUUCAAAUAUUUCACACGGCAAUUAAUUUACAACCACAUAAAAUUGAAUCAAUUGUAAUGGCUACUUGCGUCUUGCACAACUAUUUAAUGAAAUCAGUGCCAAGUUUUUAUUCUCCUCCAGAAUGUUUCGAUUACGAAAAUAUUGAUGUCGGAACUACUACUUUAGGAUAUAAUGCAGAAGAUUCGAAAAUGGUGCGAUUGCUUCGAAAUAAUCCAGGAAACACGAGUUUUUUGGCAAAAAAAGUGAGAGAAGAAUUUAUGGAUUAUUUUGUAAAUGAAGGGCAAAUUCCGUGGCAAUUGAACUUUAUUUAAACAUUAUCAACGUUGUAAUUGAACCAAAAACUGUAUUGCCAUUAAAAUAAUAAAAAUUUUGUACUUUUAACUCUGCAUAAAUACUUAAAUGAGCAAU